AUGGAAUGGUUCGAUGAUACUUCAUCGUCUUCGUCCGACGAGGUAGCGCAGGUGAUCAUCGAUGAGAUCCAGGAGCAGAAACAAUUUAUUGCUCAAAUGUACUCCCAACCGGAGCCGAAACGUGUUGUUCAUCACCGACACUACGUUUACCGUGAUCGUGAGGCUGCCCAUUUAUGUCUUAUGCAAGACUACUUUAACGACAAUCCAACGUACGGGCCUAUAUUUUUCCGACGUCGUUUUCGAAUGCAGAAGGAGUUGGUCUUGCACAUAGUCGAUGCUGUGCAAGAUGAAGAUACUUACUUCCAGAUGAGCUAUGAUGCACGAGGUCGGAACUCUCUCACGCCUUUGCAGAAAUGCACGGUGGCUAUCCGCCAAUUAGCCUUCGGUGUCAGUGCGGAUACUUUCGACGAGUAUCUCAAGAUCGCCGACACGACGGGGCGUCUAUGCCUCAAGAAAUUCUGCAAGGCUGUUAUCCAGGCUUACGCAGCCAAUGUCGUCGGUUCGAACAACGACAUCAACAUUCUGAACCAGUCGCCUCUGUUUUCCGACGUGUUGGAUGGAACGGCGGCACUGGUGAUCUUUGAGGCCAACCGGCGCUACUACCAGAUGAGCUACUACUUGUGCGACAGCAUAUAUCCAGAGUGGCGCUGCUUCGUCAAGAGUCCGCCGAUGGUGAUCAAUCCAAAGGAGGAGAGGUUCAAGAAGAUGCAAGAAUCGGCAUGGAAGGAUGUCGAAUGUGCAUUUGGAGUGCUUCAAGCUCGAUGGGGAAUCAUUCGAAGUUUGGCGCGGGGUUGGUACGUCGAAUAUCUCAAGGACAUCAUGAUGUGUUGCAUCAUUCUCCGCAACAUGAUUAUUGAGAACGAAGGUGAAAGAGCUACCCAUUGGAGAGAUGACGACACAGGACACGUGGCGUCUAGCAGUGACUCGACGGAGAGUGUUCGAGCAACCCCGGUUUGUUUUGAGCAAUAUGUGCAUAGAGAUGCACUUCUCCGAGAUAGGCAUAUGCACGCUCAACUCCAAAAUGAUUUGAUCGAGCACGUUUGGGCACGUUUCGAACCUCUAGGGUCGGAAUAG